AGUUCCGGCCCCGUGAUCUCCGCGCCCGCGGGGCAGCGGCUCCGCACCCAUGGAAUGCCGAGGGGGUGGCGGGCGCGGCUGCUCCGCGGAGCGGGGGACGGGAUCCCGCGAAGAUCUGUUCUCCAAUAUCUGGCUCUGGCGAGCGGUGGCUGGAGUCCUUAGUGCUGCUGUCAUUUUAAUUUCGUGUAUUCAGUUUGUAAACCUUUCUUCAGCCAAAGAUUUUCCUGUCUGUCCUUCCCUGGAAGUCUGCCCAUCAGGUUGGCUGUAUUUCCAGAGGAAAUGCUACUACCUGUCGGAGAAUGAAGCCGACUGGAACUCCAGUCAGAGCCACUGCUCUUUGCACAAUGCUUCCCUCCUGGUGAUCAAGAAUCAUCAGGAACUGAGUUUUAUGAUGAAGAUAACAAAGCAAGACCCAUGGAUUGGACUCUAUAAAAGAAAUGAAGAGUUCUUUUGGGUGAAUGGAAACGCAUUAGACAAUGAACUAAUUGAGGUAAAAGGCUCUGGAAACUGUGCCUAUCUUGAGUCAAAAGGAGUCUCAGCCUCUGGAUGUUAUUUAACCAGGAAGUGGGUCUGUAGCUUGACCAUUAACUCAGCACAAUGAAGGUGGACGAAGCCACCCCCUGACAUUUUCACCUAUCUCUGAUGUGGUGUCUGCACAGGCUGUGUCAAUACUCUGCGACCUGGGAACAUGUCUCAGCUCCUGCCUGAAGGUGAAUGACUUUUCUGGUAGCCAGAAUUCUCCAGCCAUGGAGGAAGCCUCUGAUUUUUAAAGAUACCACUUAAAAGGUUUGCUCCAGCACCUUGAUAAGUCAUUUUCUUGCCCCGUUUUUCUAAGUACUGCCCAGCCUGUAGUUUUUUUUUGUUGUGUCAUCAGCAUUUCUUCCAUUAACCCUUCUUUUGGAGGAGCAGCUGCUCUUUCUUUUCCUUUUUGGUGUGCAUCUGGCAGUUUUUGUUCUGCUUUUUCCUCUGUGUGCAGGGAUGGGUGGUGAAGUGGGACUUUCUGGUGGUCUGCCAGUGCCUCUCAGAGAUAGGGGAAUGCAGGAAUAAGCACUGUUGUUUUAGACAGGAUCAUAGCAGGUUUCCCUCUUCUGGUUUGAUGGGAUGCAUCUUGUGUGACUCUGCAUUGUAUUCAAUGUUUUGUUAAUGUUAUUUUACAUUAGCCUUGUUAAAUCCCAGUGAUAAUGCUGUCAAGCUCAUUUAUGUAGCUGCACUGGACUUGAAGUUAUCCUUCCCACAAGACUUAUUUUAGCCCAAAAAACCCCAGAAUAGAUAAGAAUAUUUGUUUACCUGAGGAUCUGUUCUGAUUGGGGGUAAAAGAAUUUGAACUGGAAAAGUAAUAGUGAAGCUGCAGGCAUUAAUGUUUAAAGUUAGAAAUAGUUCUCAGUGUGAAUAGGCAAAAUCAGGAGAAGAGAAAAAGAGAAUUAACAGCAAAGGAGGUUUCUCUGUGGUUUCCUCGUGUCCUGUGACUGUCAGAGUGUGAAGCUUCCUAGCAAGUGGUACAUUUCUAGUUGGAUAAUGAGUGUUUCCAGAGAAGGAAGAAUGGGAAGUUCACUUUCCUCAUUUUCUGUGACAAUAGGACUUCACUGUAAUAGAACCACACAGUAUGGAUAUUGUCACCAACUUGUAACUUUAAGAUGUUUAUUAAUAUAUAAUCACUAAUUUUACUGAACUACACUUUUUUAAUGGCUUAUAUUCUUUAUAGGCACAGUAACAGGACUCUACAGUGUGAAAAGCCUAAUAAUCUGUGUAUAUGUUGUGUUGGGAGGGUAUUAUUCUGCGAUGUUUUUAAAUUAACCUGGCUCUGAGGGAUAUGGUAUGUGCAAUAGUCCCAAAAAGAUACUCAAUAAAUAUCCUUACAGAGCCUCCGAA